AAGAAACCGGAGGGUGCGCACAGAAGAAAAAAAGACUCGUCAGACAGUCAAUCAUGUCUCUUGAUUGUUUUCAACCACUUCUCUCUCUCCACCGCUAUUUCUAAUUAUUCGCCUUGCCGAAAAGUUCAGUGUACCAGUCACAAAAAAGGGCUGUUGCCGAAACCUAGAGAGAAUACAGCUCAAAUUUUGGUGAAUUAGAUCGGAGAUGGCUUCCUCUGCAGAACGCGAGUCAGCUAUUUACGUUGCUAAACUCGCCGAACAAGCCGAACGCUACGACGAGAUGGUGGAAGCAAUGAAAAAGGUUGCCAAUAUGGAUGUGGAUUUGACUGUGGAAGAGAGAAACUUGCUAUCAGUUGGGUACAAAAAUGUUGUCGGUUCUCGAAGGGCUUCAUGGAGAAUCCUGUCAUCAAUUGAGCAGAAGGAAGAGUCGAGAGGGAAUGAGGUGAAUGCUAAGAGGAUCAAGGAAUACCGACAGAAAGUGGAGUUAGAGCUCACUAAUAUUUGUAGUGACAUCAUGUCCGUGAUUGAUGAACAUUUGAUUCCCGCGUGCACGGCUGGUGAAUCAACUGUGUUUUACAACAAGAUAUAUCUUGCUGAGUUCAAGACUGGUAAUGAGAGGAAAGAAGUCGCUGAUAACUCGCUGAAAGCAUAUGAGACGGCUACUACGACUGCUGAGGCUGAGCUGCCUCCAACACAUCCCAUUCGUUUGGGGCUGGCUUUGAAUUUUUCGGUCUUCUACUAUGAGAUUUUGAACUCACCCGAAAGGGCAUGCCACCUUGCUAAGCAAGCUUUCGAUGAAGCCAUCUCUGAGCUUGAUACAUUGAAUGAGGAUUCAUAUAAAGAUAGCACCUUGAUAAUGCAGCUUCUUAGAGAUAAUCUCACACUAUGGACCUCAGACAUACCAGAAGAUGCAGAUGAAUCACAGAAGUUGGAUGCUGCCAACAAGGCUGGAGCUGAGGGUGCCGAGGUGGUGAUUUGGGGCCAGCUGCUUCUGAAGAAGACAACUAUGAUUUGCCUGUGUGGAGUUAUGUUCAUCAUAAUAUUAUUAGUGUUAUGGUCGUGUCGUAUGGAUUUUUCUCUCCUUGUGAUUGGUGUUGGCUUGUGGCUAACAUUGCGCCACUGCGUGUUGCCUAUGGGUGGUUUAAUUUUAGUUAUGGUAAUAACCUAUGGAAAAAUUUAUGUGUUUGUUAAGCUCUUUGGACAUAUCCAUCCACUGGUUGUGGCUUUCAAUGUGAUCCCCAGAAUUGAAUUCUCCAUGAGUUGAGAUUAUUUGGUCACAAGUUUAGUAUUUGAAAUGUUAUGUUAUGAAGAACACUGUGUUAAGAAGGGAGCAAUUGAAUUUUCUUCCCUUUUAUUAACCAAAUUGCUCAAGGACAAAGAUAAUUCAUAUCCACACACUAAAAAUAGAUUUUUUCACGGCAAAAUUAUAUUUAUUGAAU